UCCUGCAGUUUUUGAAGGCACAGGCUGGUUGUUGAAUGCUUUCGUCAAUUCAAUGCGCGUUGAAAAUCCUCUCCAAACUGCUUGCGCUUCCAAAGCAUGAAUCUUUGCGUUGUAGUUAAACUUAUUUUUAUAAAAUAAAUUAGCGGGUCAGCAAUAUUGGGAAAACACUCUUAGCUAGUACUAACAAAAUGCUGGGCCACUGCCGCCUUCAUUUGCUUAGGGCUCGUAUAGCGGAAUUUAUAAACAUGAAAACAAUCUUCUUAAAUAGUUUCCUUACUUGAGUAUUAAAUUUUUGCCUUUCAAAUGUUGUGCUUCGCAUAGCAUCAUGCUUGUCUUGGUGAUGAUCCCUGAUUUUCUUAAUAUAUCAUCAUUUAUAAAAUAUUAAGUUUCACCUUUUCCGUGGCUCUGAAGGCGACGGCCAGCAAUGAGUAAAUGCCUAAAACCCACUCCCGCUCCCACCGUCACUCCACCCCCAUUAAUUCCUCUCGCAUAUAAAAACAGAAACCGGGGUGUUACAACCUGCAGAGAUGGGGGCAUGAUUUCUUCUGUACUUUGCUCCUUUUUUUUUUAGGCCCUUUCCUUGCAGAAGGAAGGAAGGAAGGAAGGGAGGAAGGAGGGAAAGAAAGGGGAAAAAAAAAUCCCAAAACCAUCCCACACGCAAUCCCAUAUGAACAGACUCCCCCCGUCCCAAAUGCAUCUGCUGGCCCCGAACCCUGCAGCAGACUCGCGUAUGUAUGUACACUGCAGGCAUGCAGCAGCCUCCCCGUCUUUUCUCUUUCUAUAUGCAUUAAAGGCCAUUAUUUGCUUAAGCUCGAGCUUUGUCCAAAGAAAAGAGAAGGGUGGAUGUACUAGAAAAUUAGGUGGUUUUAAAAGGCUCGGCAGACUAGACUUGCAGUGGGCUAUAGAGGUAGUUCUCUCUCUCCCUCUGUCCCUUCUCCUCUUCCUGUCCUCCAUUGGUUCGGAUGUGGGAUGGGCGACCCCAGCAGCAGCAGCAGCCGAGGCAGCAGCGGCGCCACUUGGUCAUUUUCUGGCCCCCCCCCUCCCUCCUCCGCUUCAUCCUCUUCCGGCCAGCACCAUCAGGGCCUCAUCUCCUUGAUGGGUCACGUCCCUCCUCCGGCGGCGGUGCGGAUGCCCUUUCCGUCUUGCCGUCCCUCCUCCGGCGCCGGCGGCGAAAGCGGCGGACGCUCCCUCCCCCAGGGCCAGGAUCUUGAAGCUCACGAUUGCGAGAGCGAGGUGGAGGGCGUGGAGGUGGUGGCCGAGGAGCCCGCGAAGCCGGUUCCGCCUCGAGGUUCCGGCUCCAAGAGAAGCAGGGCUGCCGAGGUUCACAAUUUGUCCGAGAAGAGGAGGAGAAGCAGAAUCAAUGAGAAGAUGAAAGCGCUGCAGAAUCUGAUUCCCAAUUCUAACAAGACCGACAAGGCUUCCAUGCUGGAUGAGGCCAUCGAGUAUCUCAAACAGCUACAGCUCCAAGUACAGCAGAUGUUGUCAAUGAGGAAUGGUUUAAAUCACCCCAUGUAUCUAUUUGGAGCAUUACAACCUUUGCCGGCUUCCCAGAUGUGCAUGGGAUUCGGUGCAGAUAAUGGCACAGCAAUGAGCAUGGGAUUAGGCAUGCUGCCCCUGAACCAAGAUUCAGCUGCUCGGAACUCAUUUGAUCCAUCAAAUCGGUCCACACCUUCCCAUCGAUCUAUAGUCAUACCCAGUGUAAAAAAUGUCAGUAAUCCAGAAAAUUCCUGCAAGAUGGAGCCAUCACAGUCUCACCAGGCCCCUUUUCAGUUACCUGCAUCUGCAGAGGAGAUAUUCACAGAAGACAUGGUGGCAAGGCCGCAAUUAGCUGCAGGUCAGACUACUAGGAAUCUGCCGGAGAACGAGAUGAAGUGCAUAGCUGUCGCAGCUUCACAACAUUUUGGUGGGCAACCAUCAUCACUAGUGGAUGAUGACAAUUUGGAAGAAUGUGCCAUAGGUAGAGAAAGGCCAGAAGAUAUGCUAUCCAAGGACCCAGAAAACCUGAUUCUUGUUCAGCAUUUGCAUGGCAUGCGGCAUGAAGUCUACUCCGUCGGUGAAGCAAUCUAUGUCUACUGUAAAACAGAAAAUUUAAGAUAUAUCAUUUGAAGAAACCAGGUUUUUUCGGCAAUACGUUAUCAUCUCUCUUCCCCGGAUAGUGUAUGGUGGCCUCUCUCCCCCUCCUGUUUUUUUGUUUCAAGUCUCUUGUUGAAGACGUAAAGAAGCUUUCCCAUGAAUGUGGCAUAGAAAUAGAGGAAGGUAGACAUUUUUUCAGAUUAUUACAUGCUUGAUGACGAUGCAAGCAAGGAUUGCUGCCUGAACAUAAUUACUGUUGCACACAUCGUCGCCAGCACAGGGAUUGGAUGGUUCUAUCUCCUUCCAAUCAGGAAAUGACAAGGUUAAUGGAUGGUGAUGUCAGUGGGAAAGAUAGGAAAGAAGAUGGCUGAAGUUGGUUGAACUUAAUUGGCCCGAACCCAACAACUUGGGUGAAAACAGAGAUGCACCAUAAAGAAUUCAACAGUCAUCAGCAAAAUUAUGAAAGGAAGAUCUCCAUCUGGUUAUUAUUUAGGGAUAAGCCUCUUAUGGUGGGCAUGGAUGGGGUGGUAGCGAAGAUUGAGGAGUCGGUUUCUGGUGGGAUAUGGUUUGGUUUUACGGGGUCCCUCUGAUGCUUCCAUUUGAUUUCCUCGUUUUUGGUUGCCAAACCAAGUCUCAUUCUCUCUGUGUUGGUGGUUGUAAUUGGAAGGUCUGGUCUUGCUUUGUACCAAGAAAUGAAGCUCAAUGGAUUCCUUCAUCCUUUUCCACCAGAAACAAUAUUAAUUUAUUGGUGGAUGGCCCAUCUAUGUAAGCCUAAUUUUGCAAGGCUGCCUGUAAAUGCUAUUGCUUUGCAGACGCUGAAAGAAGAGCAAAUGGGAGUCAUACAUGAUGAAUUGGAUGCUAGGAUGUACAUAAGCUUAGCAAAAAAUGAUGAGAAAUGAAACAAAAGGUCGCAGAAUUUUUA